GACGUCACCCGCUGCUCUGCGCUCCAUCAGAAACGCGCAAAGAUGCUCUGAAAGCAAGACUGCAGCAUCUCCGAGUCAGAGCCUACAAAAACAUCGCAUCUCCUUCAAGCGCUCGUUCAGCGCUUCAACGCCAUCCAGCACUAUCUGCGGGGUUUGUCCACCUGCAUGCGGGAUCCGCUGUUUUUUUCUUUCGCCUCUUGUACAUUUCCCGUUGCUAUUUAUUUUCCGCGCGCAUCUUCACAGUUUCUAGCAGUGAAUCUUUUGAGUUGUGCCGACCACUGAGGUCAUAUAUUGUUUUCAGCAGGAGAGCGCCAUCGCAGAGCCACCAGUGAGGACGUUUCCCACAUCACUUGUUAUUAAUAUCAGUACAGCCUGAGCCACUGGAUAUCGAUGCGUCUUUCUUUCCGUAUCUAGGCUGCUACAGAGGAUCGACGCACCCCAAACAUUCAUAUAAUCGUGGUUUCACAUUUAGACACAACAUAUUUGCAUAUCGCGUGUAGGGAAAACAACACCGAGCCUAAAGCUUCUUUAUAAAAAAUGAUGGCCGGUGGGGCAGUGCAGCAAAACGGGAUUUUCUCCAAUCCGCAUCAUCACAAUCAACAGCCGCACAUGGAGUCUGAUCCCCCCGAUUCCCGCAAAAGACCCCUGGAGACCCCGACGGAGGCCAGCAGCACCAAACGCACAAACACAGGAGAGAGAUGCAACCAACCGGCCAUCCAUGAUCCACCAUUUUCAUCAGAUUUUGUCGGAUUUCACGAGGAAGGCGAAUAUUUCUUAAAGGUGCUGAUUCCAAGCUACGCCGCAGGCUCCAUAAUUGGCAAGGGUGGUCAGACUAUUGUCCAGCUACAGAAAGAGACAGGGGCCACCAUCAAGCUGUCCAAAUCCAAAGAUUUCUACCCGGGAACAACAGAGCGCGUCUGCUUGAUCCAGGGCACUGUAGAGGCGCUGAACAGUGUCCAUGACUUCAUCGCGGAGAAGGUGCGGGAGAUGCCGCAGAGCGCUCAGAAAACAGAGCCAGUUAGCAUACUUCAGCCACAGACCACCGUCAACCCUGAUCGUGUCAAACAGGCCAAGCUGAUAGUGCCCAACAGCACGGCAGGGCUGAUCAUCGGCAAGGGUGGAGCCACAGUGAAGGCCGUCAUGGAGCAGUCUGGUGCCUGGGUCCAGCUCUCACAGAAACCCGAAGGCAUCAACCUGCAGGAACGCGUCGUCACCAUCAGCGGGGAGCCUGAGCAGAACCGCAAGGCCGUGGAGAUCAUUGUGCAGAAGAUCCAGGAGGACCCGCAGAGCAGCAGCUGUCUGAACAUCAGUUACUCCAACAUCUCUGGCCCUGUGGCCAACUCCAAUCCCACCGGUUCCCCAUACGCCAACUCGGCAGAGGUAAUGCCGGCUGCUGCCGCGGCGGCGGCGGCCACGGCCUCCAGUCUCCUGGGGCAGGCCAGUCUGGCGGGAGUGGGCGCCUUCCCCACCACCAUGUCCAGCUUCUCAGGGAACGACCUGCUGGCUAUCACAUCUGCACUGAACACGUUGGCCAGCUACGGAUACAAUACCAACUCCCUGGGCCUAGGGCUCAACCCUGCGGCUGCCUCAGGAGUCCUCGCUGCUGUGGCCGCAAGCGCUAACCCCGCCGCAGCUGCGGCCGCCAACCUGCUAGCCUCCUACGCCAACGACGCAACCACCAGCUCCGGCCACCACGCGACCAGCCUGGGAGGCUUCACGCUAGGCUCACUCGCUGCUGCCACCGGAGCCACCAAUGGCUACCUGAGCGCUGCUUCCCCACUGAUGGCGAGUUCACUACUGGCCACCGAGAAGCUGACCGAAGGGGCCAAAGAUGUGGUGGAGAUUGCAGUGCCGGAGAACUUGGUUGGCGCCAUUUUGGGGAAAGGAGGCAAAACGCUUGUGGAGUACCAAGAACUGACGGGAGCCCGCAUCCAGAUCUCUAAAAAGGGAGAGUUUGUUCCUGGUACCAGAAACCGUAAAGUUACCAUUACCGGAUCGCCAGCCGCCACACAGGCAGCCCAAUAUCUUAUCAGCCAGCGAAUCACAUACGAGCAGGGUGUGAGGGCCACCAAUCCGCAGAAGGUGGGCUAAAAACAGGGAGUAUGAAAAAAGGAGAGAAAAAGAGUGGGGGAUGGGGAAGAUACAGAGAAAGAUGGAGGGCGUGAAUAUCAACGAAAAUCAGCCACAUUCUUUGCGGGAAAAAUCUCAGUAUUAAAAAAAAUAGAUGGAAAAAAUUCCUCUCAAAGUGGAAAAUUUAAAAAAGAAAAAUGUGUAAAAUGUAAAUAUGGGUUUAAUCCUUAUGUUCUGGAUUUUUAUUGGUUGAUUUUGUUUUGUUUUUCUUUUGUUUUAGUUUUUUUGUGCAUUUUCUGGACAGCAGUGAAUGGCAUUUCAACCUGGCAUGCUGCCACGCUGCAGUUCAAAGCAGGUGGGCAAGGUGGUAGGAUGGGGGACAAUGGGGUGGAGCAAUCCCAGGAAUCAGCCCUUUCCCCACCCCCAUCCCCUCCUAGCUGACAGAUUUUUCUUCUUUAAUUUUUUUGUCCUUAGUUUAACUCCCAACCUUUCGCCCAUGCCUUCUCUUUAAGAGGGCCUAAGACUGAUUAUAUAUCUCCCCCAGUCUGUGACACCCCAUACCCCACCCCAGCCCCCCUCGCCCCAGCCCUCCCAAUCCCAGCCGGCCUGACCCUGCCCCGCACUGGGCAGGAUAGGGCAGGGGAUGUGAGGCUGCUGCAGGGUCUCUCAGCACCACUAGACAUUUACCUGGGGUUCCAGUUGGACCAGGUGCAUGCCACUACAGAUGUUGUUAGCAUAAGGGAAGCUUGUAGAUAAUGUUUGCGGACAUAGGCCAGGACGCAAAACGCACCUGAAUCUUUCGUACCAGAGCUCCUAGAAAUUGUGGCAUUUGUCUAUGGGAUUCAAGGUCUGGUGUUUAUACAAAUACUAUUAUCAUUAUUAUUAUUACUACUACUACUAUUAUUAUUAUUAUUAUUACAAAUUAUCAUCACCAUCAACGUUAUUUAUUAAUAUGAUUUCACCCAUAAGGACUGAAGUUUUUUCUUUUGUUUUUCUUAAUCUGUGAAUUCAGGUUGACAUGAAUGUAAAGACAAUAUUUUGGAUUUAGUUUUUUAUUUAAGUAGAUUGAAUCGUGUGUCCAUGUAAUAUAUGUCUUAUUUAACGUCCAGUGAUAACUGCACCGUCGGCACCAACAGAGAGAAUAGGGGCAGAUGUACUGUACAAAAAACACGCACCCUCAGCAAACUAUUACCAGACUUAAAUGCUGAAAAUGCAACUAAACAUACACAGACUUGAAAUCACAGUGGGACUAGACAAUUUAUUCACAUAUCUACUGAAUGAGAAUGUAGGUCUUUGCACAAGUCCAAGGGAGUGUAUCAGAAUAUGACUUUAUAUGAAAGCCAAUCCCUUUCUGUAACGUCCCAAAACAUAUCCCCGUCUUUACUCUAUGCUGCCCCUCUGCAGCACGAGAGAUUGUGCACUUUGAGCCGCUGCAGUCGAGUAUCUGCGCAAAUCUGCUGGAAAAUUUGCAUAGAUAUUCCAUAUCAAAUCAGAAAUUGGCCCUCAGAGCUCUGAGGCGUUUCAUGAACACAUACUACUGAAAGACUAAGAACAAAUUCUGAUCUGCACAGGCUGCUUAGUAACAUGGUCCUAUCUGGAAAUCCCAGGUUGUGUGUUCUAUUGUGACUAUACAUCCUGAGUCACCAGUACAUCUAAUUCUAGAAUGGGCUACCCAUGUGAAGAUCUUCCUGUGCAGAUCCGAACUACCAUGUGCGACGUAUGUGCUGCUAAUAAGGUCCUAUUUCCUUUUUGUUUUGAAUCUGAGUACACUGAAUUUUGUCUUAAUGCACUGUGAAGUGUGGAGGCCGUGAUGGAAGGCCAAAAAAAGUCAGGGUUUCUAUAUCGUUAUCACAUCGAAGCAUCACCAUGAUGGAAUGUACUCGUGUGGAACGUCUCAUAUUUAUAACAACCUCCAUGGAGUCAAGGUAUCGCUUACCGUAGGGUGGAAAGGAAGCCUGGAUGGUUUGUUAGGUUGAGGUCAGACUCUUCGGACCAGUUUUCUUUUUUUGGCAUCAUGUUGCAGUAUCCAACCUUAACUUUCCAAGUGUGCACUAACUAACCGCCAGCUGACCGUGUAUAUUUAUCGUGAAGGGGCAGAGGAUGGUAUAUUCUGUACGCUUAAACUUUAGGUGUCCUCCAAAACUAUUAUGUGUCUAAACAACUGUUAUUGAUUCUUUACCGGCUGGAAUGAGCUGAAAAAUACCAAACUGCUCUUUAUUACAGAAACCACAAAACUUUAGCACAGAGAGCACUUCCUAAAGAAUAAUUAGCCCAACAGAAAAAGACAGAGUUUGUGCUCUCUCUCCCAAAGACUAAAUUAUGAUUCUUUCCUCUCCUUUGCUAUUGGAGCACAAGGGAGAGUAAAUCUGAACCGAUUGGUAAGGAGGCUUCUUUAUUCUCAUCUAAAAACCAUCACCUCCCCUCACCUCAACACCCUUUUUUACCUUUGUGCACCCCCAUUCUGACACAUCAACCCAGAGACCCCCUUUUCUCUCACAUCUCUCCAUGGGUGGCGAUGUCUGGUGUAACAGUGCAUGUCUGCUUGCCCUUUCACGAAACAAUGAUGGUGCAAAAGGGAAGAUGCGCCUACAGAGUAGAACUAGAAGCUUGCAGUAGAUCAUGAUCGCACACAUCACACCUUCAAAAAGGGACUUAUUACAAGCCAUCCAUGUGUUUGUAUGGUGUGUAUGUGUGUGUAUAUGCGUGUAAAGGUGAUAGGUUUGGAUAGAUAUGAAUGUGUCUAGCAGUUGUGCCCAAGGUGAGGAGAUCUAACAAGCAACUGAAAAAGCAAUGACUCGAGGUACUCUACUAUAAGAGAGUUCCAAGGUUUUUUUUUUUUGGUGCAAUUUUCAAACAGUAGGACGUAAUAGUUCAGAUUUGAAGAUGAAAACGAGGAAGUGAUGGCAAUCACGCCAAAAACGCCUCCGCAUUUUAGAGUGCAUCUAUGUGUUUGGUUUUACCCAUGAUGCAGUACUUCAUCAGACACUUACCCCAGAUCAGAUACCCCAGAUCAUUUUUUUGUAAAAAAAAAUAAAUAAAAAUAAUAAAUGGUUUAAUUGCCGUUUGAUCUAAGACACAUAAAAAAACAAGAUAUUAACAAGAUAUUACUGUGAGAAUUCAAUGUGAAAACUAUAAAAAGGUGCCAACAUAGUGUCAAGGAGCAGCUUUCUGUUUUGUUGUUUUUGUAUUCAGUACUAAAAGUACAUAUGGGAGGGGGAGGGAGGUGGGGGGGUCUCGGUUUUUUUUUUAGUAACUGGGAAAAUAGAUCAAAUGUGAUGAGUACUGAAAGCAAUAUACGUAGUAGCAUGUCGUCCUGUCUUGUCCUUUUAUUCUGUCUGUGUAGGAGCUUUGGAUUUACCUAGAUGUUGAGUAGAUUUGCAUAUACUGUUUUUUAAGUUGUGAAGAUGCUGCUAUUGAAUAAGUGAUGUACUAAAAUUUAAGAUUAAAAAACAUAUCUGGUCAGUCAUUUAGCAGGAUGUGGUAGCUGUAAGAGGUGUAACUAAAUGCUACAUUGAUAAUGAAAUAAUUGCUAUAUCAAUGGAUUAAAUAAACCUGUGCCAAAAUAGAUCUUUACGGAUUAAAUGUGAUUUAAACACCAUUAGUUAAGAGCAUACUUUUGUAAUUUAAAAAAAGAAAAAAAAUGUGAAAAGUGCCAAACAAGCCACAGUUAAGAUAUAACUAGCGGGGGUAAAGUGACUAGAUAAGCAAAAAAUAGACAUUAGCACUAUAAGGUUGAGAGUUUUCUGCCCCCUUAAACUAACUAGUCCUUGUAAAAAAAGAAGGGUGGGAUUCAUCUCGUAGGCCAAACAAAAGCAGGGUGCCAUGUGGCCAUUAACACACUUCCCUGGGGCUAAAAGACUGCCGAGUUAGCUUAGCAUGGUUCAGGUUUUAUAAGUUAUCAGCAUUCUUAAGUCAGCCUUUUAUAGUUCUGAAAAUGUAUUUUGUGAAGAUAGAUGUUAUCUUUUUUGCACGUCGAUAUUGCAUGAUACCAAGUGAAGCGUGGAUUAAAAAAAAAAAAGAUAACACACAAAAA